AUGUUUAACACCACCAAUAAGAGAUGGUACAAUUGGUACAUAUCUAUGGUGGCAGCAGCAUGCAUGGUAUUAUACGGUUAUGAUGCAUCUGUUUUCAACGCAUGUCAAAAUUCUAAACAUUGGGUUGCAUACUUCAAUAAACCAAGUACAUAUAAAAUCGGUCUCGUAAACACAUCUUACAACAUCGGUGGCAUCGUGUCAGGAUUCUUCUUCGGUGGACCAAUCGCUGAUCGACUCGGACGAAGAUGGGGAAUGGGAAUCGGUUGUUUGUUAACUAUCAUUGCGACUUUCGUGCAGUGUUUCGCUCCGAGAGGAGAUCUUAAUGCUUUUAUUGGUGGUCGUGUUAUUAUUGGUUUGGGACAAGGAAUUGCUCUGACUGCUGGUCCGGUUUAUAUUGGUGAACUUGCACCGCCAGAGAUUCGCGGUAAGAUCAUGGGAUUCUGGCAAUUGUUCUACUCAGUCGGUUCGUUCAUCGCCUACUGGAUUGCCUUCGCCACCGGAAAACACACUGUCGCCCUCGGAGAUUGGGAUUGGAAAACAAUUGUCAUUUUCCAAAUGUUGGUUCCAAUCAUCAUCUGUAUUCUUCUUCCCUUCAUCCCAGAAACCCCUCGUUGGUACAUUCGAAACGGAAACAUUGAAGGGGCCCGUAAUUCCCUCCUCCUCGUCCGCGACACCGAACAAGAAGUCGAAGAUGAACUUCUCCAAAUUAGAGAAGCGCUUGAAUAUGAAAAGGAACAAACGUCUACUAGUUCCUACAAAGCAUUAUGGAUGGAUAAAUCCGUUCGAAGGAGAAUGUGGAUUGCUUUUAUCAUCAACGGAGGUCAACAACUCACCGGUCAAGGAAGUCUUAAUAGUUAUUCUUCGGCGAUCUAUAAGGGUAUCUACAAAGAUGCUGAAACUAUCAAUCUCAUCAACGCUAUCAACGGUACCUGCGGUAUUCUCUUCACUCUCAACGCGGUCUGGACCGUGGAUCGCUACGGACGUAAAUUCCUCUUCAUCGUCGGCGGUUUCGGUAUGGCUCUUUGCAUGAUCGCUUUUGCUUCAGUGGGUAUAGCGACACCCAACGAGUAUUAUCUUAACGGCACGACGAGAACUCUUACGAAAGAUCAACCAGUUGGUAUCGCUCUUACGUUCUUGUUGUUUUUGUUCAUCUUCUUUUAUAAACCUACUUGGGGAGCAACAACUUGGAUUUGGACGUCGGAAAUUUUUAGUAUGAAUGUUAGGGCUCAGGCAGUGGGUAUGUGCAGUCAGUGGCAGAAUGUGUCGAAUUUGAUUUUUAAUCAAUUCUUCCCUGUUUUCUUGGCAAAGUGUAGUUUCUACACAUUCUACUUCUUCGGCGGCCUCAACUGUCUCCUCGCUCUCUUCGUCAUCUUCGUCGUCCCCGAAACCCGAAACAUCAUGCUCGAGGAAAUGGACGUCCUUUUCGGUGGCGUGAAUCAUGUAGAGAAAGGAGGUGCACGUCUAGGACUCGAGGAUUCACAUCACGCGAAUGCGAAUGUGCAUGUGCAGCAUGUAGAGAGUUUGGCGGCUAAGGGUGAGGGUGAGGGGAUUAGAGAGGUGGGGGUUGAGAAUGUGGUUUUGGGUGAGAAGGUUUAG